AUGUCAUCUCAUCGGUCUCGCUCUCAUACAAUAACAACAGAACAAGCGCGAGCACGAUGUCGUUCACUCGUACUGAAAUUAACGGUACCACCGAAGAAUUCAGCAGAAAAUGAACCACAACGCAUGCUUAAUGAUUUACAAAAACGUGUUAAUAAUAGAUUCAACAUCCUUGUAAAAAAAUUUGUAAUUGAUGAAGAGGAACAAAUUAAUGAUGCAGUAUUGGAGAAGCUAAAAAAAGUAAAAGAUCCAGAUACGUUUCUGGAAGCACUCUUAACACAUCUAUACGGUAAAGCAGUUAAAGAAGAAGAAGAUGUGGUCUCUCCUAAUGUUAAUGACGAAGAGAAACACGAAAUUAAUGCUAUGGUUGAAGAAGUAUGCGCAAGGGGGAAAAACCAAUGAACUAAUAAAUAGGAUUUGAUUAUAUAUCUUCCCAUUUAUUUUCUCCUGUUUUCUUCUCUAUCCUUCUGAUGUAUUUUAAAAGGAUUACGAAAUUUUUAUUCACAUUCAUUAUUUAAUAAAUAAGAAAAUGAAAAAGAAAAAGUUGAAAAUAAGAAGUCACCGCGUUGCAAGACUGUUACUCAUCAACGGCGUCAACAAAUUUUUCUGAUAUUUUUAACUCAUUAUUGAAUAUAUGAAAGAACAGCGAAGUUGAUUUUGCAGUUCGUCUGCAAAGAUCAAGUUCGUGUGUUCGAUCCUAGCUUCGUGCAAGGAUUGAUUUUGUGUUUUGAUAGUUUAAGUUUCAGAAUGAUAUAAUGGGAAUUUAUAUUCUCGAUUUCGUU